AUGUCUAAUAAAUCGAGUUUCUUAGCCUCACUAGCACCUUUACUACUACUUCUCAGCUUCUUUAUGGUUUCAUUCUUCGACACGGCAGUUGGGCAAAUUGGAGUGUGCUACGGGAGACUUGGAAACAACCUGCCACGUCCGGCGGACACGGUGGCGCUUUUCCGGCGACGAAACAUCCGGCGGAUGCGGAUUUACGAUCCAGACCAAGAAACUCUCCUCGCUCUCCGCGGCUCAAACAUCGAGCUUCUGCUCGGUGUUCCCAACCCUGAUCUCCAGCGUGUCGCCUCCAGCCAAGCGGAAGCCGACAGGUGGGUCAACAACAACGUCCGCAACUACUCAAAUGGAGUCAAAUUUCGCUACAUAUCGGUCGGGAAUGUGGUGCAACCCUCAGACCAAGCCGCGAGGUUUGUCUUCCCCGCGAUGCAGAACAUCGAAAGAGCGGUUUCAGGACUUGGAAUCAAGGUCUCAACAGCCAUAGACACCAGAGGCCUUACUGGGUUUCCGCCCUCACAAGGGACGUUCACACCGGAAUUUCGGAACUUUAUUGCGCCGGUGGUUGGUUUCUUGGCAAAGAAGCAAUCUCCUCUGCUCGUGAAUAUGUACCCUUACUUCACCUACAUUGAUAACAUGAGAGACCUCCGUUUAGAGUACGCUCUGUUCACUUCAUCCUCCACUGUAGUCACUGACGGACCAAACUCAUACCAAAAUCUCUUCCAUGCACUCCUAGACACUGUUUACGCAGCAUUGGAGAAAAUACGAGGCGGAACAGUGGAGAUUGUGGUUUCCGAGAGUGGUUGGCCGACCGAGGGAGGAGCCGCGACGAGUGUGGAUAAUGCAAGGACUUAUGUGAACAAUUUGAUACAAACUGUGAAGACUGGAUCUCCGAGGAGGCCAGGGAGACCUGUAGAGACUUAUAUAUUCGCCAUGUUCGAUGAGAAUCAGAAGAUUUCUGGGUUUGAGAAGUUUUGGGGGAUGUUUCUUCCUAAUCAACACCCCAAGUAUGGCGUCAAUUUCAUAAAAAUCAUCAUGGAAGAUAAAACUCAUAAUCGGUACCAUAUCCCUAGCUCAAUCCAUGUGACCGCACUCUCCUGUGCUUUAAAGACUUUUUCUCUUAUUGCAGGAGUCCCUGUAGGAACGUGUGUGACGAUCAUUAUUGUGGUCUUUGUAAUAGUGAGAGAAAAAAAUGCGAAAAAGAGUGAUUGGAAUGGAAAAAACGUUGAAGAAGUUGUAAUGUUGAAAAAAUAUAGUUACACAAGAGUCAAGAAGAUGACAAACUCAUUCUCGCAUGUUCUCGGGAGAGGAGGAUUUGGAACUGUCUAUAAAGGAAAGUUACCUGAUGGAGGCCGAGAUGUUGCAGUAAAGAUCUUGAAGGAGGCUAAGAGAAAUGGAGAAGAGUUCAUCAAUGAACUAGCUAGCAUGAGUAGAACAUCUCAUGUCAAUAUUGUUUCUCUACUUGGAUUCUGUUAUGAGGGGGACAAGAGAGCUAUAAUCUACGAGUUUAUGCCGAAUGGAUCCCUCGACAAGUUCAUUUCCGAGAAUAUGGCAACAAAGCUGGAAUGGGAAACGUUAUAUAAUAUAGUGUUAGGUUUGUCUCGUGGCCUAGAGUAUUUGCAUAAUCGUUGUGCGUCGAGGAUUGUGCAUUUCGACAUAAAGCCGCAAAACAUACUCAUGGACAAAGAUCUUUGUCCCAAGAUUUCAGAUUUUGGUCUUGCUAAGCUCUGCAAAAAUAAGGAUAGUAUCAUAUCAAUGCAAGACGCGAGAGGUACGGUAGGAUAUAUUGCCCCUGAAGUGUUUUCCAAGAAUUUUGGAGGAGUUUCGCAUAAGUCGGAUGUGUAUAGUUAUGGGAUGGUGGUUCUUGAGAUGAUUGGAGCAAGAGAUAGAGAAAAAGUUGAAAUUUUUGGAUCCAACAAUAGUUCAAUAUACUUUCCAGAUUGGAUCUACAAGGAUCUUAAGAGGGGAGAAAUCAUGAGGAUUUUCGGAGAUCAGAUAACCGAAGAAGAUGAGAAAGUUGCAAAGAAAAUGGUAUUGGUUGGUCUAUGGUGUAUUCAGUCCAAUCCAUCUGAUCGUCCACCAAUGAUGAAAGUCAUUGAAAUGUUAGAGGGGGAUCUAGAAGCUCUCCAGGUUCCACCUAAACCUUUCUUCUUCUUACCCGAGGCAACAGUUCCGGAAAUUGUUGAAAAUAGUAGUGCGACUGCAAGCUUCUCCAACCCAAGUCAGUUUGAAAGAGCGAGAGAGCGGUAUGGUCGACGACAUGGUGAAGCCGCAUUAUCAACAAGACUCUUGGUCAAACAGAUCGACAAGAAUAUCCGAAAUCUGAUCAAUGCGAUUCUUAGCACAAGAGACCAUGCUUAUUCGGAAGCCAUGGAGCUAUGGCUUUCCACAUGA